AUGCAGCUGCAUUCUAGAGAAGAUGUGGAGAAUCUGAUUGAUCAACACAAAGUUGAACACAAAUUGUUUGUUCUUGAUGUGGGAUUGAAGCAUUGUGGGUCAUGUGUUAAGGUUUUAUCCAACGGUGAUACUGUGGUUUUUGCAAGAAUGAAUGGGGAUGAAAAUCAGAGUCGCAUGCAAUUCUUGAGAGACGUGAACGUAAUUGAAGUGCCAACAUUUUUGUUCAUAACAGAUGGGGAAAUCUGUGGAAGACAUGUUGGAUCUCGUAAAGGAGAGCUUAUUGGUAAGAUUCUUAGAUACCAAGGAGUUCGUGUAACUUAUUAA